UGACGAUCCUCCGCUUUAAAAAAAAUAGUAGUCUCGGGUACAAUGUGUGCAGUUUUAUAAAGAAAUUAGCAGUAAGAUUUACUGAGCAUCUUGCAGAAGCAUUAGUGCUGGAAAACUAAUGUUUGGAAAUCUAAAAUGUUUUUGUACUGACUCGAUAAUGUAAAAGUCAUAAAAUAAAAAUCUAUAACAAAGUUUGUGCUAAAAAACAGGGUGCCUAAGCCUUUUGCACAGUACUGUCUAUGUGAUAAAUAUAAUGGUGGCUUCUUCUGUUACACCACACACUUCUUCUUCUUAUAGGCCUAACAACUGUACCAUGAUUUAAAAUGAGAUGAUGUCCAUCUACCCAGGUUUAGUAUGUUUAUUUGUGUAGAAAAUGCUGUCGUGUUUAAAAUUUUAGUUAAUCUUGUGUUUCCAACAUGGCUGCAUUUCGAACAGCGGAAACCGGAAAAGAGCGACGCAGUGCCUUCUGCCUCCAUUCAGCGCCGGACUACAUUUCCCAUCAUCCCCAGCGUGUCGCCAGUAUGAGGCGGCAGAAGAUGGAAACCGUGAAAAAAUGGAACAAGGAUUUUAUUGCACUUAACCAGCUGGAUCCGAAAAUCCACUCCAAACAAAAUGGCAUGAUCGCCAAGAAUCAUCUGAAUACUCUGAAGAUCUGCAACCAUUUACAGCUCCAGCCCAUUUCUCGUUCGGCAUGUGCUAUCGGCUCCUGUCCGGAUCUGAUGAUGAGUAGGAAUGAGCAGCGUGAGUUACGGCCAGCCCCCGUGGCUCUGACCCCACAGCUGCCCCCCAGGACCCACCGGCCACUCUGCCUCUCAGUGUCCUCAGACAGCAAUGGGCGCUUCAAAGCUCUGGAGACGCAGGAAUGGAAGAACAACCUCAAAGCUCAGAUGGAGCAGGCCCACAGCGCUGGUGCAGCCAGCAGCACAGGUUCUCUAGAGCGGGCUUCUCUUUUCUGUGCCUCUGGCUCCACCACUGCCUCCAGCUCAGGCCUCUCGAGUCCUGUGGAGCUUCUCGGCAAGAGCAAGUCCUCCAGCCGCUUCUCGCUCUUCUCUCCACCCUGGAACAGCAGCUCUGAGUCUGACUCAAACCCUCCAUCGCGCUCUGGCUCCAAGAAACUGCGCCGCAGAGCGGGACCAGGGGGUAUCAAGACUAGCCCCGAGACACCUGAACCCAAACCGAGUGGGCCGGAACACUUCCACUACUCUGAGCCUGUAAUCUCCAAAGUGACGGACUACAUCUAUGUUGGGAACGUUAAUGCAGCGUAUAGUGGACGCAUGCUGUGCCGGAACAACAUCGACAGCAUAAUCGACAUGAGCAGCCUGCCAGGCGAGACAUGCCUCAACUUGAUCCCUUGCACAUGCUCGAGAGGCACCAAGCACAGCUGGUCACGCCUGAAGGUGCACAUGGAGGAGUCGAGCGAGCUGGGUGAGGAUGGAGCAGAGCUGCACCAGCGUUGCUUUGAUGCCAUCAAUGAGUGCAUCGAUGCCUCAGCAGGAAAGAGGAAACGAGUGCUGGUUCACUGCCGCGAUGGCUUCUCACUCGCCCCUACAUGUGUCAUCCAGUACCUCAUGAUCAAGCACAACAUGAGACUGAUCGCUGCGUAUGAGCUGCUCAGGGCCAAGCAUCCGGUCAACAUCCGCGAGUGCCACCAGAAUGCAUUAGUGAGUCUGGAGAGGACACUUCGACCUGGUGGAAACACUGACCCUGAGUGCUUCAAACAGGCCAUCUCACGCAAGCUAGCUUGGACCUAAACAUACCACCAUGCAUUUCUUUUCAGCCUCAUACUGAUUUAUACUGAUUUACUGAUUUACACUUCUAGGACUGGCAGCUUGGAGCUAAUUACUAACCCUAGUGAUUAGCCACUAGCUAUUCAAAAAGCUUCAUUCAAAAAAAAAAAAAAAAAACUUCUUCCAGACUAAAUCUGAGAUGGAAAAAACUCCAGAUCAAGUACAGUAUAGCUGCUAAACAAGAGAGCCGGAGUGAAAAUGUGUCUGCUCUGGUGUUAAAAGACUCUGGUGCUGAAGUCUUGUGAAUAUGAGAGUUGCAGCCAUAGUGUUGUUACAUUUUUUUUUCAGGGCAGCGUGAUGGGAAAUCUCAGGAGACCCAGUGAUGUCAAAUCAUGUCUACUGGAUGGGGAGUGUAAAGCUUCUCCAUAUGGACUACCUUUGAAUAGUGGUUAAGCAUCAGUCUAGUGCCGUGUUUCCCAACUCAAUCCUUAGGAGCCUCCAGACUGUCCAAAUUUAGGCUCUCUCUUAGCUAGCAACAAGCGCAAAACCAGGCAGAGCACUCAAUACCUGGCACAGCUGUGUUGAAAGAGAGGAAAAACGUGGACAGUCUGAGAGGGUUGGGAGACACUGAUCUAGCUUCAAGUCUUUAACUGCUGCCAUUAUAAAAAUAAAUCUGCAUUGGAUCUGAACCAUUUUGGUAAUCCAUGCACUUUUCAGAGACAACGGACAUUCUUAAUGUUUUGUAGGGAAGAAUUUUCCUCCAUGAGGAAUUUGGUCACAACAUUUUCCCAGUCACAUGAUUAUCACCAGCUUUUCAAGGUUGAAUGCAAAAGCUUGCAUACCCUUAGCACAAAGAAAAGAGAGAAAUGUUUACCCAGACAUUUCUGCAGUUUUUCCUGCAUUAUCACUAGUAACAAAAUAGUACAUUUUAAGAUAUUAAUAAUGAAAAAAUCUAAAUAGUAGUUCUAAAUUUCAGAAAGUGAAAUAUUCUCUAAUAACUUCUUCACAUAUAUGACAUAAUCUUCGAGCAGAUUUUGGAUCGUCUUCCUGCUGCUCCCUACCUGCCAUAUUGCUUGCCCCAUUGUUUUUUUUUUUUUUUUUUUUUUUUUUUUUUUUUUUUUUUUUUUAAAAAACAUCUCUGCUAGAAUGCUAUCAGAUAUAAUACAAUGCAUACUUCAAAUCAAACCCUGAGACUGAGAGGGUCUUCUUUUUGGUUCUUAUCAAACCCAUGUAUUUUUAUUUUUUUUUUUGCAUGUAGAUACAUUGUGAAAGAGUGGUACAUUUACCUUUUUUUCAUUCAAAAACAAUGCAAGAUGCAAACUGUUGCACUCAACUGGAGCGUUGGUGCUUGGGAAGUGAAAUAUAUUUUGUCUGUAGUGAGACGAGUACCAACUAGUGUGUAUCUUUGGGUUGUCAGCAUUGGUAGUAUGGGUUUGACUGAAUUGUGAAGCAGUGAACUACUGCAAACACUUUUUUUUAUUGCACUAACUAGACGUUGUAAAGAAACUGCACAGGUGAAAUGUUCAUUAACAGACAUGCCACUUCUUUUGGUUCCUCAUUGCUCAGCACAGAUAGACCUUUACUAUUUUUAGAUGAAUAUAAUGCACAUGCUUCCUGUGUACUGAUUAUUAAUUGAUGCUAGAUUACUGUUGUGUUUUCAUUCACCAUGUAGGAAGUUCUAACCAACCUCUUGUGUGGUAUUGCUUAUGCUUGUGUACAGUAAUUAUUAUAUUUUAAUAUUUUAGUGAGCCGUGUGCUGAGGUGGUACGUUCCUGAGUUUUGGUGCCUUUGAACUCGUCCUGUGUGAUUGUAUUGUAAGACUCACACUAUGUAUGCAGUUGUCAGGCACUGACAAUGUUUUUAUACUCUGGAAUAUUCUGUAUAAUGGCUAAUCCUUGUCCUGCUGCGAGUACUGCAUUGUUCAGUUCAGCUCAGUUCAGUAAUGUGAAGUUUUUGUUGCAGUGGUCAUUCUGUGAGCAGUGGCAGUAUUUUCAACCCUUGUGGUGGUAACUAGUGCAUCUCUGUCUGACUGAUCGUAAAUUCUCCCAACUGCUAUGCUCCUCUCCUAAAAACAUUAUCCACAGUCUAAUCUAUAUAUAGCCUAACUACAGUGCUUUCUUUUGCUGUAUAUUUCUAACAGUUUGACUUGAUCUCAGGUGAACUUUAUUGACCUAAAUUAUAAUGUUCUUUGUUUAAACUAGAAAACAGAACAAUGUGGCAAUGUAUUUUCUGUAUCAUGUUUUUAAAGUCUUAUGCAUUUGUAUACGUAGAUAUUAAAGAAAACAAUCAAUUCA